AUGGAUCCGAAUGCCUUAAAUGCAGCACUAGCUGCGCUAACGGCCAAUCAACAGCAGCAACAACAGCAGUUCGUGCUCCAACAACAACAAAUACAGCAACAGCAAGAUUUAUUGACGGCAUUGGCCAACCGGAUCUUGGCCGUACCGGUCGUUGGCCCACCCGCGGCGCCAGUCCCACCUCCAGCCGCCAUAAUUCGAGCAACCCUGGACACCGAUGUAAAGUUUUCAGGAGCGACAGAAGAAAUACUUCAAGAUUGGUUGCAGUUGGUAAACCGGAAACUCUGUCGUCGGCGAGCUACAGCUCUUACUGAUGCCGAGUUGACCCCUUACCUUAUCCGAGGACUGUACCGCCCCGAAAUGCGGUCGGUCAUAAUGGGGAACCCACCCGCCUCGAUUAACGCAUUUCUCACCGAAGUCCGCCGUUUAGAAAGCAUCAGCGAGCCUGUCACCAACCCCUCUAGCGUCUCGACGACCACUGAGGAGAAUGCCGGGAACCAGGAGACCAGAGACUCGCUAUUUCAGGCAGUGGAGGCUCUUACAAAUCAGGUGGCCGUCUUGACCCGUACAGUGACCAGACCCAACUCACCUGGGACAGGAAAGCCUGCUCUUAAACAAGUAGGUUUCGAUCGUCGUCCUCCCGGCUCAAAAAACGAAGUGCAGUGUUAUAACUGUUCCGGCUAUGGCCACAUCUCACGUGAUUGCCCCCUUCCUAAUCCUCGGUGGCCCACGACAGCACCGGGAAACGCGUCUGCCGACCCCUCGGGGCAGAGUCGGCAGUAA